AUGGCUUAUGAUGGUUCAACGUUCGUCCACACGGCGCUUCCAACAAACGCACAUUAUAUUCGCCUUCUUAAGUUCGAAGAUACGGCGGCCACUGAGCCCCUCAGAUUUACCUUAGGAGUGUACAAAUUUUCAGACGAACCCGUAUACAAUGCACUUUCUUACGAGUGGGGAAUUGGCACAGCUGAUCGAACAAUAUUCAUCAACGACUGCCCCUUCCUCAUCCGAGACAGCUUAUACGACUUUCUGGGGGCUCUAGCUGGCAGUAAGCAAAAAGAUAUACUGUUCUUCGCGGACGCGAUCUGCAUAAAUCAAGACAACAUCCCAGAGCGUAACGCCCAGGUGCAGCGCAUGGGUGAUCUAUACCGUCAGGCACAGAAGGUUCUAGUCUGGCUGGGGCCUGGAACCGCCGACUCCGACCUCAUUUUCGACAUAUGUGCAGUGGGAAAUCAAAAGACGAUAGACCUGCAGGGAUCAAGCGGAAACGCGCUUGAUAUGUUGUAUCGGCGUUCUUACUGGACAAGACUGUGGGUUAUCCAGGAGCUAUUCCUUGCACGGGAUGCGAUUGUCUUCUGUGGCUCGAAGUCCACACCAUGGUCGUCAUUCAGGAGGCUAACAACUGCGGUCAAAGGAGACAUUGUUCUUGGGGAGCAUACUGGAGUGGAUACACAACUUGGCAGUUCGCCCAUGGGGCUACAUACAAGGAGGAUGCUCAGUAAUUUAAACAGGAAAGAUCGGGGGGACAGUAUUUUGAACAAAAGGAUAGACAACAUCAUGUUUGAAUUUGGGAAGGCUCAAUGUCGCGAUGUCCGCGAUCGGGUCUAUGGUCUGCUUGGCCUUGCAAAAACGCAGGAGAAUGGUCGAGGCCUGAGGGUUAUGCCAGAUUAUUCGGCAACGACGGUCAAUAUUUUUGUCCAGCUGCUCAGUAAUAUGCCAUACACCCUUGGAUUGGAACAUGCGCUUCGUAUUUUCAAUAUUUUAAAACUGCACCAUGUCCCUGAUUGUACAUGGGAUGUUGGUAUUCCAGACAGAAUCUGUAAUCUCAUUUUCGAGGUUGGGCUCACGCAUCUUGGACACAUUCGGCAUGUAAGCAAGUCACAUCCAUUAUUAUGUGAUUGGUGCAAACUAUGGAAUAAGAGGGACAACUACACUACCUUCGAAUUGGAUGAGCACCUUCGACAAGAACUGCGGGACAAGGUCAUUUCCGAGCUCAUGGUUGGGAAGAUACAAUCUCAAUUGUCCGCCCAUAACUGCGGCCCUUUGCUGGCCCUGGGGCCAUAUGACUGCUGUGUGACUGCGGGUAAGCUCAAUGAGGGGGAUGCGAUGUUUCUUAUGGAGGGAACUAAAAUCGUCUUGAUUGAAAACAAACCAAACCCGGAAGAUGAGUCUCAUGAGCCUGUCGCGGGAUUCACGCGAGGGGUACUCGCAAACACAAAAGAUGAAGGGAGCAUCUUACAAGCAGCAAUUUUACUUGAUCGCUGCUUACCGUCAUUGCCUGCUCCAAGAGAGGUUCGCUUGGAGAAGGCACGCUUCGAGCGUCCCGCGUACCCAUUCGAAGUCAUUCAUGAGGAGCUCACCUUGCAGCAAAUUAUGCUCAUUCUGACGCAGGCUGCGCGGCAUAGUAGCUAUUAUGAUUAGUCUCUGUCAAAG